AUGUCCCAAUCUAAACCCUCUAUCAUCAUUGUCCCCGGCUCGUUCAGCCUCCCGGAGUUCUAUGACGCAGUUGUUGAUGGAGUAGCAUCCAAAGGCUACGAGAUCAAGGCCAUUCGUCUCCGCAGCACCGAGGAGCUCCAACCACCCGCAACUAUGUACGACGAUGCGGCCGCGAUUGCCCAAGAAGUCGCGACACUGGUCGAGCAGGGCAAGGAGGUCAUCUUGGUGGCUCACUCGUAUGGUGGGGUGCCUGCAAGUGAGAGCAUUAAGGGACUAGCCAAGACAGAGGGCUCUGGGAAGAUCGGCGGGGUCGUGAAGCUGGCGUAUCUCACGGCGCUGGUGCCACAAUUGGGUGCUUCCGCGACGGAUGUGUUGGCUGAUUCUCCGGCCGAGAAUCGUGUCGAAUUAAAGGUCGAUGAAGAUGGAUACAUGUCUUUCGUUGAUGCCGCCGCGGCCGCUGCACUAUCCUACUCGGACCUUCCAGCUGUGGAAGGCGAAGCGUGGAUGGAGCGGUAUGCUCGACACUCGGCUGUCAGCUUCACGAAUCCAUUGACGUAUGCUGGGUAUAAGGACGUAUCUGUUGCGUACCUGCUCUGCGAGGAUGAUAAGGUGAUUCCACCUCAGGUGCAGCAGAAGGAGAUCGAGAUAAUCGAGAAAGAGACUGGUAGGGAGGUUGAUGUCACGGCGAUUCAAACGGGCCAUAUUCCUAUUGCUAGUGCACCUGAGAAGGUGGUAGACUGGAUUGCAAGCCUGGCGACCCAGCAUGAGAAGGUUGAAUAG